AUGAGUUCUCUUGCCUGGACGGAACUAUAUGCAUUCCAUGGUCUCGGUUUUGCGACGGAUAUCCUGAUUGCAGAGAUGGCAGUGAUGAAUUUGUUUACAGAGAUCAAAACCAAAGAGGAGGCAUCGAAUGUGAUGCAAAUGAUAAACGUGAUAGUAAUAAAAAAUGUUUACUGCCAUCUAAAUAUAUUUGUGAUGGAAGAUCUCACUGUACUGAUGGAUUUUACUGUUAACAUACACAUCACUACUAACUGGCAUUAUUACUGUUUUAUUUUAUAUUCAGGGGUGGACGAGUGUCUGUGCAAUAACACCAGGGAAAAAAAAGAAUUGUUAAACGAAAAAUGUUUUCACUGUCUCAAUCAUCCGACCAUCAUAAAGUUCGGUAAAGUGUGCGAUGGUAUUUUCCAUUGUCCCGAUUUAUCUGAUGAAUGCAUAUGUAGAAAACGAGGCCCACCACCUGAAUUAUGCAAUUACGUAGACUGGGGUCAAAACCAAUCUCCAUCGCCGCAAUGGAAAUGCAGCACAGGCGACAAUUCGCAUGAGUUUAUUACUUCAACGAAAAUUUGUAACGGAAUCGUCGACUGCAAAGAUUCGUCGGACGAAACAAAUUGUGAAAACAAUUGUUCAGGUUCAAUAGUGGCUGAUGGAGAAUUGAAGACUUGCAAGGCAGAUUAUCAGUGUCCGGGUUCAGUAUUACGAGGAGUGAAGUGUGAUGGAGUCAUUGAUUGUAAAUACGCAUUAAAAGAAGAAUGUAGGGAUUGUGCAAAUAAACCAGCAUUUUGCUCUCGACUUAGAAAUUAUGGGGACAGGUAUGAAUGUAAUGACGAAAUACGGAUCGAUUCCAAUAAAAUUUGCAAUGGAGUUAAAGAUUGCUCUGAUGGGGAAGAUGAACAAAAUUGUCCAAAUAGGUUUCACUGCAAUUCAGGAUUUCCAUUGCAUGUAUUCAAUAGGACGGUGUGCAACAAACAAAAGGAUUGCGAAGAUUUAAGCGAUGAGAUGCAUUGUAGUAAUGAAACACAUUUUUACUGCAAUGAUGGAGGAGAACCAAAAUUCAUUGCAAAAAAACAGGUUUGCGAUGGAAGCGAAGACUGCACAAGCAGUCUUGAUGAAUGUCUUGACAGAUGUAUUUCUAGUGCAUUCUCCAAUGUUAAUUUAAUGAUCAGUAACGAACACUUUGUUUCAUUUACAUGGAUGAUCAGUUUGUUUGCUGUUAUUGGAAAUUUAUUCGUGUCAAGUAGAUCGAUUCGUAACAUCUUCUUUUCUAAACAACAACUUUUAAAACAUGAAUUAAUCAUUAAAUAUUUGAUAUUUAACUUAUCACUCUCGGACUUACUUGUAGCGUUAUACACAUUGGCCAUUUGUAUAAAGAAUGCAACAAUAACAAAGGAUUAUUGUAAAACGGAUAGGCAGUGGCGAAGUGGAUUCACAUGUUCCGCUCUUGGAACUUUGCUUUUGAUUGGAUCAGAAAAUUCAGUAAUUACUCUAACCAUUAUUACAGGAUUUCGAAUGAAAACUGUAUUGAGGCCUUUCGCAAAAGAAACAUCAAUGAAAAUGAUCGCAUGUCUGUUGACACUUUCAUGGGUAGUUUCCAUUGUGUUGGGACUUAUCCCAUUCUUCAAUCAGGACUUUUUCAUCGACAGCAUUUGGUACGACAGACAUCCAUUGUAUUCAACUAUUAAUAAAAAGGAUGUUGUAAAUCUGUCUCGUUCACUUCUAACGAAACAGAGAUUCGAAGAUGAUCCUGCUAUAGAAGAAAAACUUGGAACAUGGUCGUUGCUAGAAUCACUAAUCAGCGAUUUAAAUUCGACGUACAAGGUCGAACGUAGGUUUGGAUAUUACUCCACUCACGGAGUUUGCCUUCCCACUUUGUUCCCGAACCCUAAUACUGAUACUGCUUGGUUGUAUUCGCUGUUCAUCCUACUCGUAAACUUCCUGGCAUUCAUCUUCAUUUUUAUCGGUUACGUCAAGAUAUACAGUGAGAUGAAUGAAUCGACUUGA